AUGAAAGACUCCGCCCCUCGUUGUGAAGACGUAGCCGAUAAGCUGGUGCGACUUUUCGGCUGGAGGCAGACAUAUCCUGUGCAGAAACUUCAACGGAACCUACUGCCGCAGAACAGUGGCACGGGCCCGGAAACAUGGGUAGGAGUGAGAGCCCUACGCGCCAGUUCCGGCGGCAUUCUAGAUCCGGACGACCGCGUCUGUGACGUGGCCGACGACCGCGAGACCUUGACAGCGGAGUGCACCAGCCAGGCGCCGCAACCAAGAGCUGCGCAAGCGGAUGGCGCCAGCGGUUCGUCCGCCGGCACCGCCUCCCCCGACAUGUUUCGGGGCGGCGGCGGUGUGGGCGGUAGCAUGCGGGUGGGCACAACGGAGUCCUGCGUGGAAGUGGGGGCGGCGGAGCUGGAAGAUGGAGCUAGUGGGCUGCAGGUGCGCCGCGGCAGUGAGCCCACGCUGCACCAGGACACCAUGCCGCCGCAGAGACAGGUUUCCGAGCAAACGAAGCGCUGGUCCGCGGCGGUCGUGUGCCGAGACGACGGCCGGGCCACGCAGAAGGUGCACCCCCUUCCAGACGCCAAACAGGAGCGGAAUACUCACGGGCAGCAUUUCCAGCGGCAGACCAACCGGCUGUCCAUGCAGUUCUCGGGGCCUGGAAGUGACGUUUGGCUGGACGCAGCUGAGCGAGUGCAAAUCUACGGCAGCAAAAGCCUUCCACGAGAUGCGAGGCGAGAACCAUUAGGGCAGGACACCCCUGUCGACUCCCUUCCGAACCAAAACCAUCGAGUGGAGGACAUGCUUCGCUGGGUCUCUGGCGUCAACAAUGUCGCCAGCGUUCCGCCUGUACAAGAACGGCCUCUAGACCUUUUGCCUGAAGCAGUCGGCAGCAGCGAGCGCGCCGUGACGGGGCUGGAGGUGCCGGUGGGGGGCGCGGGGGGCGCGGGGGGCAGCGGGCGGCGCGUGUCCGUGGCGCUGGUCAAGGGCGAGAAGGGCCUCGGCUUCACCAUCACCACGCGCGACAACCCUACCGGCGGCCACUGCCCCAUCUACAUCAAGAACAUCCUGCCCAAGGGAGCAGCUGUUACAGACGGAAGGCUUAGGGCUGGUGACAGGCUGGUCUCUGUGAACAACGUGUCGGUGUCGGGCCUGACGCAGCAGCAAGUGGUCACGUUGCUCCGUAACACCCCGACGGACUCUACCGUCGAUAUCGUAGUGGAAAGAAGCACGCCUAACAGAACUCAGAGGGUUGAACCCCAACAAAGUCCUAACAAAUAUGCGGAGAAAGCUGUAGGUUCGACGAACAGUGUGAUAACAAAGCCAGUGGAAGCCAAUCAUAGCGACAACGGCCGGGUGUCGAGCAUGGUUAAUGCUAUCAACCAAAACCAGAACAAUAGCUCUAUGAGAGGUCGAAUACAAAAGAGCUCGUCUAAAGACGAUCUUUUGAGUAAGGAGCAGAACAUGGAAUCGCCUGUACAAGAUGCUUUAAACUCAUCCACAACUUCCAUACCGGGACUCCGAAAUCGACUUAUCCUACGCUUGGAUGUUCCCGUUCACGACUCGGAGAAAGCUGGCCUUGGUAUCAGCGUAAAAGGGAAGGUAACAGUUGGUCCUGACCCUCAGGAUUUGGGUAUCUUCAUCAAGUCAGUAUUAAACGGAGGUGCCGCGUCGAGAGAUGGGAGGCUGCACACGAACGACCAGCUGGUGAGCGUGAACGGCGUGUCGCUGGUGGGGCAGAGCAACGCGCAGGCGAUGGACACGCUGCGCCGCGCGCUGCUGCACGCGCGGCCCCACGUGCGCGGCAGCAUCUCGCUCGCCGUCGCGCGCCGCACCGACAGCAUGGACAGCCUCGCCAGGUGGAAGGACGACACGCCGCCCAACGGGAACGACACCACCAACUCCAACGACAACAGCAACUCGCAGAACUUCAACACGAUCAUAUACAACUCUGGCGACAAGGAGAUCCAGAAGGACGCCGUGGACAGCCACGACGGCAGGGCCGGCAAGAAGCACGCCUCCAUCGUCACGAUAAACAACAACAACAGCUGGGUCUCCAAUCAGUCGGACGAUAGCAAAGGUUACCUGGAAAGGGACAAAGAUAGCGUCCCCCACGACACGAAGAGGGAUAGCUUCGAGUGGAGCCGCCUGGACGGGUGGAACCCAGUGAUAGACCGGCUGACGGGGCUGAGGAACGAGAGUUACUACAUGGCGACGCAGAUGGACGGGACCGUCUCGAAUGGCGGCCACCACUACCGCCAGAAUUUGGGCCACGUCCACAUGUCCCGCUCGCCGCCGGCGCACCACAACGUUAUCAUCGAGGAGGACUACGGGACGGCGAAGGGCGGCGAGUCGGGCAGCGAGUGCGGCGCGGGCUUCAGCCGGGACGCGGUGGGCCGCCGCUCCAUGUCCGAGAAGCGGCACGCGGCCCUCGACGCCAAGCAGACCGGCACCUACAAGAAGAUCAAGGAGAUCAAGGCCGUCAGCGCAAUGCAAGUAGGACCAUCACUGGGGAUGCGAAAAUCGUCGAGUUUGGAGUCUCUGCAAACGGCAAUACAAGAAACGCAAAAAAAUCCGCGCAACGAACCCUUAUACGCUCGGGCGCAUCCGCCUCUUAAACAUUGGUUAACGGAUGACAAUAACGCCCCGGAGCAUAUCAUAAGGGGAUCACCACAACAAUCCUCGCUUUCACAUAAGAAGCCAUCGUUACUAAAGUCUUUAUCGACGAUGUUCAGGAUUGGCAAGCCGCACAAGAAGAACGAGAGCGAGGCGUGCGGGAGGUCGCAGCCGGGGCGCUCCUCGGAGAAGUCGAUAUCGCGGGAGGCGCUCGAGCGGCACGGACGCCUCGACGAGCGCUGCGAAGACCACCCGCCGCCGCAGAGGGAAGAGUCGAGCCGGUCGCGGCAGAGCAGCGGCGAGCGCGGCUCCCGCUCGGAGAAGCGCGCGCACGCGCCCCCCUACCGCGCGCCCCCCGCACGCACCGCGCCCCAGCCGCACCACGGCAUGGACUCAGCGUGGGGUCCCACGGGCCACUACGUUAAUUACGAAGAAAUUCAAAACUUUAACGCACGUCGCGAAAAACUAAGCGAGGUGCAAAUAGGUCAAAUGAGGCUACAGAUGAACGCACAGAGAGCAAAGGCUGAAGAGGAGAGUCGCCGGGGCGUCGCGGGUGGCUAUCACUCGCAGCGCUCCUGUAGGGAGGGCGGAACGCGGCCGCAGUCCAACUACUACGAGUACGAGAGCGCCCCGCCGAGGAGACCCGGCAAACUGUCGCACUACCAC